CUUGUCAAAAUUUAUAAUCUAUUAAUUUAUUCUGUCUGUGUUCUGUCCUUCAAAAUGCAAUUUUAUUUUUAGUGUUUGCUUUCACAAAAUAUUGUUUAAGUUUUUAAAACUGUUUUCACUUUUCAACUUUUCAUUGGGUUGAAUGAUCAUGUCGCGUCGAGUAUGAACAGCUUCAAUGCGGAUCAAAUUGUUAAAUAUGUGAAAGUUAUAACGGAUAAUAAUAAAUGCGUGAUUUGUGACCAGUUAAAAGGUCUACGUGUGAGAUAUCCGUGCGGUCAAUCGGUUUGUAACAACUGCAUACUGACGGCCGAGACCUGUGUAUUCUGCCUUUCACCACAAGAUGAAUCAAAACACGUCACUGAUGACCAACUGAGCCUCCGUGUGGAGCAUGCUUCAAACCUGCUAAAGACUUUUCAAGAACUGUAUAAUAUAGAUGUUUACAGAAGGCUCAGAGUCUCAGAGCAGUUAAAAGUAGAGAAGCAAUUGUUUCCGGAAUGCAUUCAGGCUCCAGUGAAAUAUUCAAAUAGCAAAAGAAUCUCCAAUAUUUCCAAUAAAGAAAACAUAAAACCUACUAUUUUACCCGGUGAAAAUACUUCAAAACCUGACAUUGUUAAAAUGGAGAACAAAAUAAAUUAUGUUCAUCAGUGGUUAAAUAAAAAUGAUACAAUCCUAAGUGAGGCUAAUUAUGAUCUACCUCGUAAACCUUUCACUGACAUAAAUGUGAAUGGCCAAAAUGUUAUUAGACCUAAGACUACAAAGAACGUUACUAAAAAGAAAAAGAAUCUUAGCUUAAAGAAAACUCGCUUGAAAACAUAUGAUCCUGAUGUUACCGAUAAUUUGAAAUCAUCAACAGAAUUAAAAAAGAAUGUCAAAAUUAAUAAAAAUAAUAAAAAAUUUGGAAAUUGCAAUAAAAUUAAAUGUGAUAAAAAUGAAAGUGGUAUUGUACUGGAUGAUGAAACUAUAUUUAUUGAUGAUUUUGAAACUGUUGAUAAAGAUAAAGCUGCUUUGUUAGCAGUAUUAGAGGCUGAAAAAAACAAUGCUUUAAAUGAGACUAUCCCUACAUGUAAUAUGAGUGAUAGAGAGAAAGUUGUCAACACAAAUCGUAUAGAUAAACCAACUCAAUACCAGAAAGCAAACAGAGUACAAUUUUACAAAAAAGGAUCUCUUUUUAAAGAUCAAUGUUAUGAAAGUACAAAUGAAAACUCAAGCAAAUCUAACAAUGUUACAAUUACAAUAGAAACUAUGAACUUUGUAACUACAGUAAAAUUUUCAGAAGAAGAUAAAUCUACAGAUGCAACCAAAUUUUCUAUUGGAGUACAGACUGAUACAAUAGAUGAUUGUGAAAAAAAUUCUAAAAUGGUUGAGUUACAGUUAGCAAAAGUAGACCAUAAUAUUUAUCAGAAUCAACAUCAAAUUACUGCAUCAGAAGUUGGUAAAAACAAUAAAGAAAAUUUGAAAGAUAUUGCAGUUACAGUUAAUCUAAACCCUACUGAACCUCAGCAGUCAGAUAAAAAACAUAAAGGUUUGAUUAUAGAAGAGUCGGAUUCAGAUAGUGACAUUUUUCCUACUGAAAAUAACAUACUUGAAGUUAUUGCUGAAGUGCACAGAUCAGAAACUGAAAACAACUGCAAUGUUCUGUCUCAACUACAACAAGAUGAAUAUAAACAUAGGAAGAGGCAUGCAGUCCGAGGAAACACUCCGACGAGCACAGACUCUUCGGACAAGGAAAACUUUGAUCCAAACAGAGCCAAGCGUCGAAAAUUGGAUAAGAAACGUAACAGUAAAAAAUAUUAAUUUUGAAAAAAUCUAUUUAUUUAAUGUUUUGAAUAGCAUUAAGUAUGAUUUAAAAUAUAGACAUUUGUUUUAUUUUAA